GGCUAUAGCAAGGAAGUAGACGUGAGUGCUACCAUUCGAGCCCCAUACAAUUGUUUGCGUUUUCGCCGACACUCCUAAACUGCUUAAGAUGGUGCGACUCGGCGUCUUCACGCCGGUGUGUGUGCUCGCCGUGCUGCUGAGCUGCUUUGCGGCAACGACGGCGCAGGCCGACAUGUUUCUCGCCCCCACCGCGUCCUACGUCCCCGUCGCCGCCCUCGACGACCUGCAGAGAGCCUGCCAGGCGGUGCAGGCCGACAGCACCGUCCAGGCCCUGUACACGGCCGCCGUGAAGACCGACGUCAACGAGUACAUGGCCAACCAGAGCGCGACGCAGGCCUUCGUCGCCGCCGCCUACACGGACAAGGUGGGCUGGUACUGGCACGUGACGCAGAUGGGCGAGACGAGCACCUUCGCCGUGCUCGCGUCGGAGUUCGUGGGCGGCCGGCUGCCCGACGGCACCACCGGCAGGUACGCCGUGUACAGCACCACCGCCGGCGGCCUGCAGGCGGCGGACGGCAGGACGGACUACAAGGUGUUGUGCUACACGGAGCGUCGCUACUCCGAAAAGAAGAAGAGCAAGUUUCCGUGGUGGGCGAUCCUCAUCAUCGUCCUCGGCUGCGUCGCCGUCGUCGCGGUGGUGCUCACGGUGGUGCUGUGCUGCUGCUGCAAGAAGAAGCAGCGCUACACGGACGACAACGAGGACGGGGAGAGCGCCCUGAGCAGCCGUAGCGGCUCCUUCCGCACCCAGAGUACAAGCUUCGCGGGCUCCAGUCGCACGGGCAGCUUCUCGAGGUCCAGCUCCUUCUCCUCGCGUGGCUCGAGCUUCUCGGGUGCGAGCAAGAGCUCCAGCGUGACCGGCAGCACCGCCACCUCCUCCGUGGGUAGCGCGUCGCUCUCGUCAUCGGCCGCCGCGUCCUCAGUCACGUCAGGUAGUCGCUCAGCGAGCGCAUCGGAGACCAGUUCGUCGCUUUCGCAUAACUCCGCAGAGAAUGAACUGACGAAGACGUGA